AUGGCGGCCGCUCGCUAUCCCUCCGAUGUUUACGGACAAGAAACCAACUACUCAAACCCGUUCAUGUCGUUCACCAAUGUGGAGGACAACUGGCAAGGUGCUGUGGAAACGUAUGAACGCAAGGCUGAGAGAAAAUGCGAUCAUUAUAACCCAUUUCUGUGUGAUGAAAGCUGCGCUAACACACUUGCUAAUGGAGAAGAUCUGUUCGCGCCGUUCGACAGCCCCGCUCGUUAUGCGCCCACAAAUCCCUUUUUCGGGGCCAACAGUCAAAGCCACGGCUCCGUGGAAAGGCCAGAUAUUAAAAUUGUUCCGUAUCCCGCUCCUGUCAUGCCAUUAAAGGGGCAUUAUGAAGUCACAAACCCCUUUGCCACUGCUCACAUGGGAAGUUUUGUACAUAGCACACCAGCUACAUCCAAACCUGCAGCCAGUACGCUUCCCAUGCCCUAUGACUUGAUUAAUCCAGACGUGACUGUUAAACAUGGACAUUUCCCAGUGCCCGGUCUCUCAUCUCCAACACGUAAGAGCCGCUCUAUGCCCCGCGCUGCGUCGGACAGUGAUGAGGACUACAACCCCAAAGAGAGAGUCCCCACUCUACGUCCCGGCCAGUACGACGGCAGUACACCCUGGAGAGAGUUUCUGCACAGGUUCGAGAGCUGCGCAGAGGCAAAUCACUGGUCAGCCAAGACAAUGGCAAUUCAGCUGAAAUUCUGCCUCACCGGAGCUGCAGGUGCCAUCGUCCACAGGAACCAUCGUUCCUCCAGGUGGGACUACCGCCGCCUGCUGGAGGAACUCGAAACUGCUUACGGCCCUUCUUCAGAUCAUGCAGCGGCUGUAGCAGUGGAGCUGAGACAAAGAGUGCGUAAAGCUGGUGAGGCGCUUCAUGUGUUCAGGGAUGACAUUUAUGGGAAAGUAGCUGUAGCUUAUGGUGAUUGGUCAGAGAAGGAGCAAGACGCUAUAGCUGUAGAAGUUUUCACAAACGGCCUGGGCGAGGCGGAGCUAGUCCAAAGACUGUUAGAAAAACGUCCAGCUACACUAGCCAAAGCUUAUGAGAUAGCCCACCGUCAUGACACCACCAAGAGAGCUGCUUCCUAUGUCACCAGCAUCAUGCAGCCGGGAGCCCGCAACCUCACUGAACGCAGGCCCCGGGCCGCUGUUGUCAGAGAAAGCGAAAACAAUGAGACUGUAACUACACCUGCAGCUAGCCCAUCACCCGAUCGCUUUGUCCCACACACAUUUGGAAAAACACAGAAGCAGCACCAGAACUUUAGGAAGGGUGACAUCCGCUGCCAUAACUGUAAUGGUUGGGGUCACAAACAGAGCCAGUGCUCGUCCCCUAAAAGAAAUACAAAGACUUUCACUCCGGGCACCGCCAAAGAAAGGCCGCAGACCACUGUGCUCCACCUUAAGGGCCAGAAUCGUGAAAUGAACAUUCACAUGCGCAUAUUUGAGCUGGAGUUGUGUGCAGUCCUGGACAGUGGAGCGCGGAGGAGCGUGCUGCCCCUUCAUCAAUACAACGCCAUUCACCGAGACAUGAGACCUCCGCUUCGCCCAUCCAUUGUAGAGACUCUGCUCGGGGUGGGACCAGGAGACGUGCCAGUUUUUGGUGAGGCCAAAGUACCUGUCAGCAUUAACAACCGUCAAGUUGAAGUGGACUUCCUUGUAGCGGACAUAGAGGGCAAUGAAGUACUGCUUGGCCACCCUUUCCUCACUCAAGCUGAGGCCCGCCUUGAUUUCGGUAAGCACCGCAUAGUUCUGUUUGGAGAAGAAGUGCCCUACUUUCACCCAGAGACUGUUCCAAAGUCACACGCUGUGAGAGUAUCCAGAACUGUAGUGGUUGAACCGGGACAAGAGUACCUAGUCAAGGGCAAGGUGCAUUUUAGCACAGAAGCUCAGGGGGACAUGAUGCUUAGCCCCACAAAAGGCUUUGUUGAAAAGCACAAAGUACUCAUUGCCAGAGCCCUAGUCAACGCACAGCCCGCCAACAUCGUCCCAUUACGUCUCUUCAACCCGGGCAACAAAGCUGUCACCAUUAAAGAAGGUGCCAUUGCAGGCCUCCUCCAACCAGCUGAAGCUCUGUCCUCGUCCAGUGUCCCCACAGCGGCAGACUUUCCAACCAGCUCCCCUGCAGUCCCAGGGCACCUCCAGGAGCUCUAUGCCCAGAGCUCCACUGACUUUAAUGAUAAUGAAAAACUUGAAUUGUCUAACCUGUUGUGUGCCUAUGAAAGUGUCUUUUCCAGGGGACCUGGUGAUCUGGGCCGGACCAGUCUCGUGCAGCACGACGUCAUAACCCGGCCUGGACCUCCAGUAAAGCAGCAUCCUCGUCGUAUGGCUGGGGAGAAGCAGCAAAGCGCAGACCAGCAGAUCUGUGAGGGCCUCCAGAGCGGCAUCGCCAGCUGCAGCCACAGCAGUUGGGCCUCACCGAUCGUAAUGUGGCACGCUGAACACCAAGCCGCCUUUGACACGCUUAAGCACCGCCUCACCACGGCCCCUGUCUUAGGCUAUCCACUGGACCAUGGUGAGAUGAUCCUGGACACCGAUGCCAGCGACACAGGUAUCGGCGCUGUCCUGUCACAAAUGCAGGGUGGCACAGAACGUGUGUUGGCAUACGGCAGCCGCAAACUAGCCAAAGCUGAACAGAACUAUUGCACUACGAGACGAGAGCUGCUGGCCAUUGUCGAUUUCACAUCUAAUUUUCGACAGUAUCUACUUGGGCGGCCUUUCAAGGUUCGCACUGAUCACAGCAGCCUGCGCUGGCUCACACGAAUGAAAGAGCCAGAGGGUCAAUUAGCCCGGUGGCUUGAAAAGCUAGCGGAGUACGAGUUCGAAAUCCUUCAUCGCCCAGAAUGGGUGUGCCGCUUUGGAAUGCCUCACUCUCUGCACAGCGACCAAGGACGCAAUUUUGAAUCAGAGGUAUUCCAAGAAAUGUGCUGUUUGUUUGGCAUCGACAAAACCCACACUACACCAUUCAGACCGCAGUCCGACGGCCAAGUUGAACGUUUCAACGCCACACUCCAAAAGAUCCUGGCCUCCACUGCGGAACGCUGUCACUGGGAUUGGGACUUGAUGAUCCCAUAUGCAAUUAUGGCCUACAGAGCGACCAAGCACAGCGCUACUGGUUUCACCCCCAACUUCAUGAUGUUCGGCCGUGAAAUAAGUGAGCCAGUGGACCUUGUAGCUGGUUUGCCCCCGAACUCUGACAAUGCACCUUCAGCCCCCGAGUAUGUGCAACAAAUGCGUGAGCGGCUGGAACUGGCUCACAACAUCACCCGAGAAGCCCUCGGCAACCGUGAGCCCCUGGACAACACCUGGGUCCCGGACCAAUCCCAGAACUGGACACCUUCUGAGAUCCUUCCACCAGCUGUGGACGGGCACUCUGCAGACCAGGAGGACCUCGGCCUGCACAGCCUCUACUCUACUGCCUCAAGUGACGGCCCCAGCGCCGUCCGGCCGUCCACUCCACCUGCUACUGAAUCGACCAUGAUCGGGGCUCCUCCAUCCACUCCUUCCCAUGUGAUACUUGACCAUGGUGGGGGUGCGGUGGGAGAGCCACACCACCAGUCUCCGCAUGAACCUCGGCCCCAACGUCAGCGCCGAGGACCGGUCCGGUAUGGGGACUGGGUUACUGAGUGA